AUGGCCCGAAUACUGCUGUUAUGGUUAGUCAUUGUCCUCUACACUGUAUUUGGGGCUGCAGUUUUUUCGGCCCUCGAGAGACCCUCAGAACUGGAGGCUCAUUGCAAAUGGAACAGACAGCUGGCAGAAUUCAUUCAGGAUCACCAGAUUCCAGCCGAGGAGUUACAUCAGCUGCUGGGAAACUAUGAGGUGGCCGUUGCCACUGGGAUUCGUAUGGAACCACGAAGACCCCGAUGGGAUUUCUCCGGAGCUUUUUACUUUGUGGCUACUGUGGUCAGCACUAUUGGCUUUGGAAUGGCAGCACCCGCAACUCUCAAUGGAAAAAUCUUUCUCAUCUUCUACGGACUGAUAGGCUGUGCCACCACUAUUCUCUUCUUCAACCUCUUUCUGGAACACAUGAUAACCCUGAUGACCGUCCUCACACGCUGGUGCCGCAAGCAGAGGAGGUUGAAAACACAUCUAAACACAGAACCGAGAGACGGGCAGGAGGAUUGGAAACCAUCUGUAUACUACGUGACCCUGAUUUUGGCAGCAGUUGCAUUUCUGGUUAGCUGCGGGGCAUCUGGCUUGUACUCAGCUAUGGAGGAUUGGCCCUACCUAGAGUCGAUGUACUUCUGCUUUGUGGCUUUCAGCACCAUGGGCUUUGGAGACAUGGUGAGCGUGCAGAGGGCCUGUUAUGAAGCACGAUGGGUUUAUCAGAUAGCUAACUCUUUAAUUAUCAUUCUUGGUGUCAGCUGUACCUACUCGCUUUUCAAUGUCACCUCUAUCAUCAUCAGACAGAUGUUGAAUUGGAUUUUGGCCAAGCUGUUGGGUCUGCAUUGCUGCUCGGCUGAGAGGGAACACGGUGGAGCAGAUCAAUUCUGUUGCUGCUCCGUCGCAGGUCUGAAAGUCACAAAAACGGCCAAUCAGCAGAUCCAGAGUCAUGGGCAGCCACACGGGACCUGUCACGGAGUCAAGAACUCUCUAAGCUCCGUGUGUAGGUGCACCAGCGCUGGAGUAGACACUGUUUGA